UUUUUCAAUUCCUCCUUGUUCUGUCUUUUCGACAACCGCCAAACGGUCGAGCAUUGUAAAAAUUCAUGCGAAAAAUUAGAAAAUUUGUCUUGACAGAGAAAAAAAAAAAUUUUCUUCCGUUUUCCCACAUAUAAAGACGACGUCGUCGUCGGUUGGUUGAGUUGAAUCGAAUCGGAUCGAGUCGGGUGCGGGUAGGGAGGAAGGGAGACAGCAGUAGUUUUUUGGUUCGAAUAGGGUGCUCGUUGUCGACUUCGGGUGUGUGCAUAAAUGAAGGAAGAGAUCAAUGAACAAUUAUUAUUUGUAGUUGAUCUCCCGUUUUGCGGAGCAUUUUUCAUCGCGGGUCUCUCUCUGUCUUCUUCUUCCUCUAGUUGUCGUUACUCGUUGUCGUUGUCAUAUUGCCGAGAGAGAAAAGUGACGUUUAUUUUGCAAAAGAAAAAAAAAAAAACAUUUUUUUUUUUUCUGCACAAAAUAAAGAAAAAGAUGUGAAAAAAAACUUUCGCAAAUAUAAUUGGGAAAACGGAAAAAAAUCAAUGUGAAUUGUGAACCCUUUUAAAUGAGAAAUAACUAUAAAAUCUCAUAAACGAAGUGUUCAAAAAAACCAUAACACGAAUAUAAAUACACCAGUAAUUAAAAAAAACCUUCUUUUAUUUUCAUUAAUUGCAAAUAGCAAUAGAUUGUUUAAAUAAUAUCCAAAAAAAAAAUAAUAAAUAAAUACAAAAAAAUAGUGCAAACAAGUGAGACCACCACACCAUCGAAAAGUGGGAAUCACUGUCCGGUGACCUUCAAAACUAAGUGCGCCUAUGUUUAUAUUUUCAUAAAAAAAUUCUUUUUUAAAUUUUUUGUUUGUUCUCUCAAUCAUUUUUUAUUUGUUCUUUUGGCAAUUUUAACUAAACGUAAAAACGCAGAAAUGAAUUAAAUUUUUAGAUCCCCUCUCUAGACUCUGUGCAAAUCUUGUCUCCGAGAUUAAGCAUUUGUACUCUUAGUCGACCUUAGUUUCAUAGAGAGACUCAUCUCAAAAACUAGGGGGCAACAAGAACAACAACAUCAAACAAACAAAUUCAAAGUGUUUGUGAUUUAGACUUCAUUUUUUUAAAUUGAACCGUGCUCUGUCCACAAUGACGGGAUGAUGUGGAAGAUCAUUUCGAACGGAUUUAGUUAAUGAAACUCAAUUACGUUUAAUUUCAAGCAAAGUCGGCCCAUUCUUCGUUGUGUGUAUCGUCGUCGCAGAGGAGUGAGAUCGUGACAUCUCAUGAAAAUAAUUCAAACUAUAACUACAAUAAGUUUGAUUUAAGCCUUCGGGUCGAAUAGUACCUACUUUCGCGAAAUAUACUUUCGUACCCUAUUUUAUUUUUUUUUUUUUAAUUUUUUUAUAUAUAAAUUUCAAGACGAAUGAAUCUUCAAGAUCAGUAGUAAUUUUUAAUUUUUUAAAAUCAUAACACUCUCGGCUAUCGCCGCUAUAAUCAUGGCCGAGAAUCAAACGGCUAGUGAAGACUCCGGUCAGCAACAACAGCAACAAGAUCCACAGACUAAUAAUCAGCAAUCCCAGCAACAAGACAGUUCACCAGAUCAGGAAAGUUCUAGCGAUAGUAUAACUCCAAAUCCUAGAUCAAAGACUUUGAAUAUGAGAAAUUCAUUAACUUGCAUUAAAUUGCCUAGAGCUAUAUCCUCUACCAGCACCACCAGUAUCGAAGGAUCAACUCAUAAAAAUGCUGGAGGCGGCGGCAAGCAUCAUCAUCACAAUCACAACCACCAUCAUAAUCAUAAUAGCACAAGCAGUGGUCAUCAUGAUCAUAAUGUUAUCCAUCGAACCACAAGCGAAAGUCUUCGUUUAGGUUCAGAUUAUCCCGGAAGUGGUGGUGGUGGAGGUGGUGGCAGCUUGACAAAUUCCACCAGCAAUAGCAGUUCAAUUCGAGAUGGAUCAUCAUCUCUAGCAUCAACAACAAAAAACUCCAACUCGACAACAACUUCAAAUCAUUCACAUUCAAUGUCGUCCUCGUCAUCCCAUUCGCAUUCGUCGCGUCCACAUUCGCAUCCACAUCAUCCCACCAAUAGUGGGGGUGGUCCAAUGCAAAGAAAACCAAAGACAUCAUCAUUUCAAAUAACAUCGGUAACAGUAGGCAAUAAACUCAGUUCGGAUAAUGGUGAUGAUUCGGCCGAUGAUCUUGAUGAAUCUCACACCGAUGACAAUAGCCGAAUUACAGAUUUAGAAAAUGAAACGCCUAGCGUUUCAGAGGAUACAUUUUCCAAAGAAGAUGUUUUCUUUGCCAAUACUGCAUUAAGUACGACUGCACCCGUCAUUCCCACUAGUGCCCAAUAUGGGUUGGUUGUGGUUGACCCAAUUGGAUCGUCUGUUGGACAAACUAUUCAAAAUGUUCAAGUCAAUGUUGCUGAUAAUAUUAUUAAUGUAGUUAGUGCUGUUGGCGGUGAUAAAAAGAAACAGGAAAUGAAAGAGACUCAGCACCGAAGUGAGCGUUUUAAAGUAGUCAAGAUCGAAUCGACCGAGCCAUUUCGACGUGGUCGAUGGAUGUGUAUGGACUAUUUGGAUCAUUCCGGAAAUCAAACUAUAAACAAGGAUAUAAAUCCAGAAAAAACAAAUUCCGGAUCGACUAUACCAGCUUCUUCGGGUGUGUCGUCCAUGGCCAGUGGAAAAGAAACUGCCCGUGGCGAUACAGCUAAUUUAAUUUUGACAAAUGACUCGAAUGCUACCGCUGCCACCGGUGGUAUUGAAAAUCAUAUUGACGCUGCUGCCAAUAUGGCAGUUGAUGGCAACUUAAAUAUUUAUCGUCCCGAAUUACAGACAACCACAACAGGAGGAGCACCUGGGCAAUUUACUAAUCAGCCGGCGGGAGGUCAAGCUCCAACUAAAGGUGGAUCAUUGAAUAUACAACCCCAACAAUUAUUACAACAAUCACAGCUUCCUAAUCAAUUCCAAGGCCAACAAUUUGAAGGUUUAACUGGCCACGGUCAGACAAUGCCAUUGGCUGCAAAUGACUUCCAACAGCAUCAAGCUGCCCAAAAUUCAACACAGCAGCAGUCACAGGCAAAUAAUGAGACUAAUUCGGUUGCUGGACAAUCACAACCUGCCAGUUUCUUUGCAAAUCAAUUGAAUAUGAAUGCCGCUGCUACAAAUGUUGGUGGUGGUGGUGGAAAUAGCGCUCCACCGACUUUCCAACAGCAACAAUCGACACCAGUUCAUGGAGCAACGUUGCCAGCAAAUAUUCAUUUACAAAAUCGAACUGAUGGAGCAAAUGUUACUGGCUUCCCGAAUGCAUCUUAUGCAGCAGCUUUUGAAGGAGGUGGUGGUGUGUCUAAUGCAACAACAACUUCAUUGCCAACAACACAAGAGACGGGUCAACAAUUUGCUGAAGGUUUUACUACUGGACAUGGUCAGACAAUGCCUCAAGGUACAUAUGACUUUCAGAAUCUUCAAGCUGCCCAGAAUAACCAGCAGCCACCACAGUUAAAUGGCAAUGCGACUACUUCCUCGGUUGCUGGACAAUCACAGCCGGCCAGUUUCUUUGCAAACCAAACAACUUCAAAUGCUGGUACUGGUGCUGGUGGUGGUGGAAGCAGUGCUCCGCCAACCUUUCAACAUCAACAGUCGACACCAGCUCAUGGAGCAACUUUGCCAGCCAACAUUAAUCUACAAAAUGGAGGGGGUGGCACUGGAGGAGCAAAUAUUACAGGUUUUCCAAACCAAUCGUAUCCAGCAUCAACUUUUGAAGGCGGUGCUCAGCCUCAGUCUCAGCCUACGGCAACUUCAUUGCCAUCACAACAGACUGGCCAAUAUCCUGUUUAUUAUUCUCAGGCUGGGCCCCAAACCUAUGCAGGUGCCGCCAUUAGUGGCGCUGCUUAUGCAAUCUCUGUGAACCAACAACAACAACCACAAGCCACUGAUUCAACUAAUCCUUACCAACAACAACAACAACCACAACAGCAACAAAGUGAUUCAAAUGCUGCUACCCCUUCAGAGGGCGGCAGUGCCCAACAACAACAACAACCGCAAUCUCAACCACAACAACAACAACAGUUCCCACAACAAAUGCAUUCAAAUCAAACUGCUGGUCAUACUAUGCCUAUUCCAAACCAAAUGAAUUUCAAUAUUCAAGGUCAGCCACCACCGCAACAGCAACAACAACAACAACCUUCACAUGCCGCCGCCACAAAUGUUACUCCAGCAACUAUAGGCGAUCCGACAGCUAUUGCUUCAACGAUACAACAACAACAAGUUGAAACUAACAAUUUUGCAUCCAACAAUGGUAACAAUGUUGUCUCUGGAAGUUGUAGUAAUAUUGUCAAUGCACCAGAAACGGUUGGAGGAUCAAAACAACCCCAACAAGCAGCAUCGUUACCAUCAUCGACACUGUCUGUUGCUGCUGGUUCUGCUCAAGGAUCGACAUCAGGAGGAAGCGCAGCUGCUACAUCGACUACAAGCAGUACUACUACCAUCGAUGAAACUCAGCUGCACCAUAUUUCGGAAACAGAGACUGAAAGUAGUGCUUCCAGCUUAGCCCUUGCACUUGCAAAUAGAAGAAAACGCAAUUCAAGCAUCCCACAGCUACCCAUCCUAGCACCCAUCUAUAAUUUUAAUGAGUCCACAGUUUCUCUAAGCAACAUUACCGAAGCUGACGAUCUAACUGGAACGCGUCGAAAUCUCUUCACAAAUAUUGCACUAGGUGACGAAAGAUACAUGUUGCCAAAUCGAGGCUUCCCGAGCGAUGAUGAUGAUGUGGCAAUUGAUUCAAUUGAUGAUGUUGAAAACCACGGAAUGCGUUCGCUGCCAAUACUUAUUGGCGGUGGCGGCAGCGGGUCUAAUGAUAGAGGUGGAAUAUUCAGUAGACAAUCGAGUAAUUGUGUGAUGGCUCGCAGUGCGAGUCCAACUACCUUCCAGUAUUCGCCAUUUUAUUAUGGUUCUCCAACUUCUUGCGAAUCAUUGCCGCAGCAAAUUUCAAUGAGUUAUGACCCAUCGCCAUCACAUGGAUGUGCAUCGACUCGGCUAUACGUUCCGACCUUAAUGUCUCAUGGUCAUCACGGUGCUAUCAGUGCUGGCGAUAAUAAUCGCUUGAUAAGAGUCAUUGAUGGUUGCGGACGACGCGGAAUCGAUGAACAUACUUCAGCAGCAACAGCAGUGGCAUUAGCAGCAGGAGGCGGCAGUGCAUCUGUCCUAAACAGGUAUGUCCAAAUCUUCAUUAAUUCAAAAAACAUUUUUGAGAAAAAUGAAAGUGCAUCUGGUACAAGUGCAGUUGCCAUCGACAACAAAAUCGAACAAGCUAUGGAUUUGGUCAAGUCCCAUCUUAUGAUAGCAGUUCGCGAAGAAGUCGAAGUGCUUAAGGAAAAAAUAUCCGAAUUAAUGGAUAAAAUUAAUCAACUUGAGGUGGAGAAUACAAUUUUGAAGGCAAAUAUGUCCCAAGAAACACUUCAUCAAUUGCAAAUGCAAGCUCAAUUGCAAAUUGCUGGUGGUGUUGGUAGUGGUAAUAUGAUUACUGCACCACCACCAACAUCACAACAAUCCCAACAACAACAACAACAGCAGCAAGUACCAACAACACAGCAGCAACAACAACAAGCUACUCCACAAGCUGCCAAUACUACUGCAAACAAUUCCACCAAUGGUCCAUUGUCGUAAAGAGGAGCGUGGAUGAAUGAUGGCAUUGCCAGAUAGAAGAAACAAAAAAAAAAUACAAUUUUUCCCUCUUGUAUUGGGAUUUUACAAAAACAAAACAAAAAAUAUUUUUAGUGUGAAACCUCUUCAUUUUUAACAAAAAAAAAAAACAAAACAAACAAAAACAAAAAAGCAAAGAAACAUGAAGAAGAUGUGGAAGAAACUUGUUGGUGGGUGAAGAAAAUUGAAAAUGAGAAAAAAUAAGCAAAGCGAAUAAAAUUUAAAAAACUAUAAAAUUAAUAAUAAAAAACAAGAAAAUAAUUUUUAAAAAACUCACAGACACAAAAAUGGAAAGAAUCACAUUUAAAAAAAAAAGAAGCAGCUUACAGCAAAUUCUAGACUUGAAUUUGCAUAUAAUGGCAACAUACAACAUAAAUAAAAAAUGUCGAUACAACAAAGAAAGACACUCACACACACACAAGAUAUUUUAUUAACAAAAAACCUUUAGAGUUUUUUUUUAUAAAAAGCAAACAAAAUCACAUUCGUUAAAAAAAUAUCAAUAUUCACCUAAAAAAACACGAUUUUUAAAAAUUUAGAUUCUCUAAUUUUUCGUUUUUUUGAAAAUUUCAUUUUUUUGUAUUAAAUUUUGAUUAGCGUGUUAUUGAAAAAAAAAUUAGUUUCGUUUCGUUAAGAAAAUUGUUAAGUUUUUUUUUUUUUUGUUUGUUUAAAUUCUUUUUCACUCAUAUCAUUGCUUUUGAAGAGAAAGACAAAUCAAAUGAGAACGCUAAGAAAAUUAAUAAUACUUUCGUAUUAAGUAGAACUUUGAGAAAAAAUGAUCAAAUGAAUGACUAAAAUGAAAAAGAUUAAUAAAUACAUAGAGAAUUAAAUAAAACAAAAACACAUCAUUAAUCGAUAAAAAAAUCUUGUACAGUUUGAUGAUGAAAUUUAAUAAAAAAAAAAGGUGAUAUUUGCAAAAUAAUUUCAUGUAACAAAUAAAAAAAGCUUGAUAAAAAUGACACAGCUAAAGAUGACUUUUUAGAAAAACAAAAAAAAAAUGUUCUGAUUACAAAAAAAAAAAUAGAUUAAAUAAAAAAAAAAAUUCUUUUUUUAAUUUCCUAUAUCCGUACAUAUAUAUUUUUUUACGAACUUAUUUAAAUUAUGAUAUAAAAAAAAUAAUAAAUUAAAUUAUAUAAAUACAAAAAGAUAAAAACUUAAAAUCAAAAUGUAAAUAUUAUAACAAAAAGGAAUUUUCCUUAUUUUUUUUAAUAAUUAAGUAAUUUAAAAGUUUUAUUUUUCUCUUUAAAUUAAUGUAUUAUUUUAUUUUGUUUAGGAAAGUUCUUUUAAAUUUUAUAUAUAUAUAUAUGUGUACAUAAAAUGAUGAUAAAAAAUUGUAAAAGUUAAAAUGUUGUUACUCAAAGAUUAAAAAAAAGUCGAUCUUCUUUUCAUAGAAAAGCAAUAGAAACAAAAAAAAAAUGUAAACAAAAAUAACCGAUGUUUAGACUUUUUGAGACAAGAAUUAAUUUUUUUACAAAAAUCAUGUGAAUAGAAAGAAAGAAAAACAAAAAUGAAAUAAUUUUUAUAUAAAAAAAAAAGAAAAAUAAUCUUCCUAUAGAGACUCUAAUUGUCUAUGGAAAAAAAUGUGCUUCACGAUGGUUGCACGCUUAUAAGAAAAAAAUGCGUUCGCAAAGCCCCGACUUUUCAUUCAUCUCAUUAUAAAAAAAAAAAAAAAAAAACAAAUAACUAUCCUAUAAAA